AUGGAAAGUCUCUUUUUAUUAAAAUUGAAUAAAAUAAUAAAUUGUAAUAGUCGUUUAUCUUCAUCAAGAGUAAAACCUUCGAUUAUUUCUCGUAUUCGAUAUCUUCUUAAUCAUUAUUGGCUUGGAUCAAAAUUACUUUAUCAAAAUUAUAAAUCUGUUCAAGAAAUUCGAAAAAAAGAUGUUAAUUCAUUAACCCGUAUUGAUAAAAUCGGAUUUGAACAAUUUCGUUAUGAUAUUCGUGUUGGAGGUCCAUUUGUUUUAUUAUUUUCAAUUCCAAUAAUUGGUUAUAGUGCACCUAUUAUUGCUCUUAUAGCUCCAAAAUAUCUUCCAUCAACAUUAAUUAUGCCAAAACAAAAGGUUAAAUUUUUGAAAGAUGAUGCAUCAUCAUCAUCAUUAAUUAUUGAUUCAUUAAUCGAAUUUAGUCAAAGAAAAUACAAUUAUGAAAAUAUUCAUGGUAUUAUAUCAAUUAUGGAAUUUAUUAAUCAAGUAUCAAAUUCAAGUGAUCGAUUUAAAGAAAUAAUUUCAUCAAUUCCAUUAUAUUCAUCAUUAUUUAAUAAAUAUGUUAGUUUAUCAUCAAUUGAUCGUAAACAUUUAUUAAGAAUUCAUAAAUCAGUAUUACAUUCAUCAUUUAUUGCUGAUUAUAUGUUAACUAAUUAUUCAAUUGAAAAUUAUAUUGAAAAAUGGGAAUAUAGAAUAUUAAUUGAUGAUAAACAACUUAAACAAUUAACAAAUUUCGAUAAACUUAGUCAAUAUGAAUUAGUAUUAUCUCUUUAUAAUCGUGGUCUUUAUCUUCAUUUAAAUGAUAUGGGAAAAGUUUUAGAAUAUCAACAAAUAAAUAAUUUAUAUAAAUUUGAGAAAAAAAAAUUCGAUAUAUUAAAUGAAAUAAUUGAAAUUGAUGAAAAUAUUAUAAAUGAUUGGAAAGAAUUAUUAUAUAAAUGGAUUCAAAUUCAUGAUAAACUAUCCAAAUCAAAUAGAAUAUCAACAAGUUUUCUUGUUCAUAUAGGAGCUUUACUUUCAAAAGAAUAA